AAUUGUUAAGAAAUGGAGCAAUUUGAGAUCAUCGAAAAAUUGGGAGAAGGAGCUUAUAGUGAAGUCUACAAGGUGCUUCGAAUCACCGAUAACAUAGUAUACGCAUUGAAGAAGUGAAAGUUUAAAAUAGAGUCAUUGAAUAAGAAAGAAAUAAUGAACUCUCUAAAUGAAGUGAGGAUCUUAGCGUCUAUCGAUCACAAGAAUGUGAUAUCUUAUAAAGAAGCUUUCUAUGACAAAGAGAGCUUAUCCUUAUGCAUCAUUAUGGAGUAUGCUAAUGAUAAAGACUUGUAUCAAUAAAAAUCAGCAAUAACCGUAAACUUCAGAUAGAGUUUGAUGAGACCUAUAUCUGGAAGACCUUUAUCCAAAUA